ACCGCUAUAUAUAUACAGGUUUGUCUUAAAAAGCCUCUCCGUUUCCGUGUCGCCCCCGGAGAAACGAUUUUACCGUUAGGUUUUUUCCUUAUACGCGGAAGCAACGCCGAAACCCUACGCAUGGCUUCAACGAAGUUCUUUGAUUCGAUGGCUGCUAAACCUCUCACUACUGAGGCAAUUGCGCUUACAGAAAAGAAAAUGGACAUGACAUUGGAUGAUAUUAUUAAAAUGUCAAAGAACACUGCAUCAACUAAAGCUAAGCAGCAGCGAAGGCCUCCUAAUAAAAGUCAGAAAAGUUUUAAUAAUGCUGUUCAAGAUAAGGCUUUAAAAGUUCGGCAGUAUAUGGGUUCAAGAUCUGCUGUUAGACAGGGAGUUCUUGCACAGAGAAGGUCAAAUUUCCAGAAUAAGCAUUUUCCUCUAGCUAAUGAAGCUGCAAGGAAAGCUAUAGUUGCUCCUGUCCGAAAUAGAGCUUUUAAUGGUAGCAUGGUAGCAAAUAAAAUGAGAAGAGCAAGGGUUGGAGCUGUGCCAGCCCAGAGGAAAGCUGCAAAUGGAAAUGUUGUUGCUAAGUCGCAGCGUCAGGACAAUGGAGUGCCUAAGCAGCAGAGGCCUCAAACACUGGAUUCGCUUUUUGCCAAUAUGAAGGAGCAGAGGAUGAGGGUCGUUGCACGCCAGAAUAACGGGGGUGUUCAACGCCAGAACAAUGUCAUUGUACAACAUAAUGGAGGAGGUCGGCCACGGGUGCCUUGGGCUAGAGGCCGAUUUGGCAACUAAUACACGCGAGUAGUUGGGAUUAUUAGAUGAAGGGUUGAAUGUUUUCCUAGUUGGUGCAAGUUGAAACAAUAGAUUGUUUUUUCCAUUUUAAUCCUAGUGUUUCUUUGACAUUUUGACAAGAAAUUCAUGUUACUUGGUUCA